CCACAUGUGCCCGUUUCCAUGUCUUUCUUAUACUUAAUACCCCCACUCUCAAUCAAGUCGACUCAUCCUUUUACUUGCCCCCCUCCUCUCUCUAGUCUUUCCCCACCACCACCUUCGAUAGCCGGUUUUUGCUAGAACCCAAUCUCCGGCAGUCGCAAACCAUAACCCCAGAAUAAAAACAAGUGGUUGUAUUCUUUAGCAAGUUGAUGCACCUAUAGAAGUUGAUUAUGGGGGAGCCAGUGGGCAUGCUAAAAGUAAUUGUUGUGCAAGGGAAGAGAUUGGUAAUCCGGGACUUCAAGAGCAGUGAUCCUUAUGUCAUAGUCAAACUCGGAAAUCAGACAGCAAAGACCAAGGUUAUAAACAGUUGUCUUAAUCCUGUUUGGAAUGAAGAGCUAAGUUUCUCCCUCAUGGACCCGGUUGGAGUUCUAUACUUGGAAGUAUUCGAUAAAGACCGGUUUAAGGCAGAUGACAAGAUGGGCCAUGCUCACCUCAGCCUUCAACCCAUAGUCUCAGCUGCAAGACUGAGGCAGAUCCUAGGGGUUUCAUCUGGUGAGACAACAUUGAGAAAGGUCAUCCCAGACCCUGACAACUGUCUUGUCAGGGAGAGCUGCGUCAGUUGUAUAAAUGGUGAGGUUGUGCAGGAUGUUUGGCUAAGGCUCUGCGGGGUGGAGUCCGGCGAAAUUCAGUUGCAGAUCAAGUUAAUGGAUCCUCCUGCUGCUCCUUGAAGUGGCCUAGUUGGAUAACCAAAAAUUUUCAACAAUGGAGAAAAUUCAUUAAGUUGUAGCUGUGUUGCUGUCCUCCAUUGAUUUAGUAUUGCAGAUAACUGAAAUUUGAUGAACUUAUCUCUCUUACUGUCUCAUCUCCCCUUGAUUUAGCUCCUCAAUAGUAUUUAUGGAGAUUAGGUUACUUGGAUGAAACCCCAUAUGCAGGACAACCAACUUUUGUUGAUUUUAUUCCUGUCUGAAUUUUUAGAAUGUUCAAAUAGACUAUCCUUUUGGUGUCUGCCAUGUGAUUUAAAUGUCUGAUUGUAAAUCUCCUUGUGUGAUUUAAGGUACAGUUGGUCAAAAAGAAAAUGUAAUUCUUUUAUGGAAGUGGUGUGAUUGGUUUCCAACUGACCUUUAUGGCA